AUGCCCCGAUUACUUCAUCCGUGUGCUGGUGUUUUCGGCAGUGCAUGUAGAUCUUUCAGCAAUCAAAGCGAUUUGGAUCUCAAUUGUAAACUUCAAGACAUUGAUGAGCUUUUCGUUGAGGCACGUGAGUUGUUGUCAGACGCGCUAGAUUCGUUCGGAACCACCUACUUCGAAGACGAUCUUGAUGAUGCGCGGGAGAUGGUGGACAAGUGUCUCACUACCUACACAGCGUUGCUGGCAGAGUUGCCCGAGGAACAGCGCAAUGCUGUGAAGAGAGGGAUGGGAAUGAAGAUGGAGCAGCUGAAACAAGAGUUGCAGAGCGUUCUUGAAAUGCUGACCCAGGACAAGGAGCCAGAAGGACGUAAAGAGGACUGA